AUGAAGCUGCUGUCUAUAACAUGGAUAUUGAUCGGCGUUUCUGCUUUUGCACCGAUACCACCACCAUCAUCCGAGACAGAUGAAUGCAUCGAGUUGAAGAACUCCAGUAAGGGCUUUCUUGAUAUGUCCUCGACGGAGAGAGCACGAUUGGAAGCUUGUGUAUAUACGUAUUUGACCGAAAUGGAAAAGAAAUUCAACCACGAUCCGAACUCCUUCCAUGCGGAUCCCCCACCUGAACCGAAACUGGUGAUCCAGGUAGACGAUGUGGCGAUCCGUCAUGUACAGCUAUCACCGGGCAGUUCAUAUCAGUUUCAAAUUUAUGGGGAUAUCUAUUUGAGUUGGGAAGAUACACGACUUCAUUGGGAUUCGGCCGAGUGGAAAGUGGACAACUUCUAUAUACACGAUACUCAUAAAAUUUGGUCACCUAAUUUGAUUGAUCACAGUAUCUGUACGGACAUAACUGUAUGCGCUUCUGAACUUACCGAUGUAGAGAUCAUGAGCGAAGGUCGAGCGUACGCUCGCUUAGCGUUUCGGUAUUCCGCCUACUGCACCAUUGACUAUAGCCGAUUCCCUGAAGAUGAGAACCACUGCUGCAUCUUUUUCACGGCUUUCGAAACGGAUCGUGAAGUGAAAUUCGAUGUGGCGUCGGACCGCACCAAAAAGGUGAAUCGGCCAGUAGCAAUGCAGAAUCUCUACGAUCGAGUAAAAGGGCUCUCAACGCUUGCCGAUGAACAUUCAGCUUGGGUAGUUGAUGAACAUACUGUGGAGAUCACACAUCUGGCGGGUAUACAGUCGUUGGAAGUGUUGAAGGUUUGCGUACAUGCCGAGAAGAAAAUGAGCACGAUUCGAAUGGCACUGAAAAUUCCCAUAACUAUUGCUACGCUCAUCAUGUUGGUUUCACCACUGUUCGGCGACCUGCGUACACAAGUCUACAUAAAGUUGUUUAUACUUUCAUUACAAACGAUCUGCUUCAUCUAUCUCUGCUCCAUUUCUCCACCAAAUGGCUUUUCUGGCACCAGACCGAAACUAUAUUCCUACUACGAGCUGAUCUUUGCGAUGUCAUCAGUUAGCCUUCUGAUGACGCUUGCAUGUGUAGCGUUGAGCCGAGUGAAGCGAACAAUCGCUCCCACCCAUCGAUUCUAUCUGGCUGCAAAACUGGUAAGAAACUUUCAGUUCCAUCGUUGGAUCCAUUUAGGGUUUCAUAGCAAAUGA